CAUUACCUGUACAACAUGGACGUCGCCGGAACGGAACAGUUACCAGGAUCGGAGUCGGAAUGUCCUCUCCCCCGACUCCCCCUCCGCCUCAAACCUAAAUCUCGCGUUCAGGCCACACUGAAGAAAUUCUACCAGGACCUCGCAUCCUAUCUUUUGCUUGUUGAUAAAACAGCAGCCACACACAAACAUUCUGAAAUGAGUUUGAAACUCGCCAUGCCAAUGUGUGAUAUUCUGUGUUUAGCUUACACCAAACUAAAGAGCAAAAAGAAAAUACGAAACAUAGCAAAGAAAGUAACAAGAAAGUACGAAGAUGUUACUAUGAAGGAAACCAACACCUGUUCAAUAUACCAGCCUGUCACUAUAAUUAAGAAUUUAAAUAAGUUUCUUAAACAUGCUCUCCAGUAUUUUGAGGGAAAGGCAGAUACCCAACGGACACGUCGAGCAUCAAAAAGAUGCAAGGGUAGUAGGAGGAAAUCGAAACAGUCCAAAACUUGUAGGAAGAAAUCGAAACCGCUCAAAAAUAGGAACAGAUCUGGACGGAGAGGGAAACAGAACAGGAAACAGGGGAAAGCUGUCGUCUCCCAUCAAACAAGGAGAACAUAACUCCAUAUACACAAUCUGUAGGAUAAUUAUUUAUUUAUUUAUUAUAUCAAAGAAAUGUGCCAAAAUUAUUUAUUAAAAUUAUUGAAUUAAUCUUUUCUUCACCAAAACGACAAGCUCCAGUUAUAUUUGUAUAUUUACUUUAUUUUCAUACUACACAUAAAACUGAUUUACAUCAUAUGGAUUUAGUUGGGCUUGUUGCAAUGCGUUGUUGUGUGUUGUUUUACUUUAUACAUUGUAUAUGUUAAUUUAUUGUGACAAGAACACUGAUUACAACUGUAUGUAUUGAUGUCUAUAUUUCGGCGUUUACAUUACGAUCUGUAAUGCUCCUAUUCCGGAGAAUGUGAACUGGGUAUUGCAUGUAAGAGAAAACAAACAUUGACGCCAAAAUGUUCCGUCUAUGAGUAUAAGCGAGUAUCAGACACGUAUUUUAUUUGAACACAUAUACAUUUAGAUCUCAUUCAUUGUCAGUACACGGUAUUGUAUGGGUAUGGAACUUUGUCAGUACACGGUAUUGUAUGGGUAUGGAACUUUGUCAGUUCACGGUAUUGUAUGGGUAUGGAACUUUGUCAGUACACGGUAUUGUAUGGGUAUGGAACUUUGUCAGUACACGGUAU